GCUUACACUCACGCUCAUGCCGAUCAGCAUGGAUAUACGCCCGAAAUUUGAUUUUUUUGAUAGCCUUGCAGUGACUGUUCACAACUCACAUCUCCCCAAAAUCAUUGUGGAGCAGGAUGAAUAUCUCCGAGAUCCAGAGCUCUGAGACGCCAAAUGAAACAACCACUCUUCUGAGUCAGACGAGGCAAAAGACUCCCCUCCCAAAACUGCAGAUUGGCAUAUUGAUGCUUGUUCAAAUGGCGGAACCCAUUGCCUCCAUGUCAAUAUACCCGUACAUAAAUCAGCUGAUUCGAGAGCUAGGUAUUACUGGUGGCAAUGAUGCAGCGGUCGGUUAUUACGCUGGAAUUAUAGAGUCACUUUUCUUCAUCACAGAAUCACUGACGGUAUUGCAGUGGAGCCGUCUUUCUGAUCGCAUUGGACGUAAACCAGUCCUCUUGGUAGGUUUAUUUGGAGUUGGCGUCUCAAUUCUUUGCUUCGGUCUUUCGACUUCCUUCUGGAGUCUUGUUGUCAGUCGUUGUAUUUGUGGAAUGCUAAAUGGAAGUAGCGGGGUCAUGAGGAGCAUGAUGGGCGAGCUUACAGAUUCGACUAACAUGGCACAAGGAUUUGCUCUCAUACCUAUCACAUGGUGCUUGGGGAGCUUUGUCGGCUCCAUCAUGGGGGGAUCUCUAGCGCGCCCUCAAGACCGUUGGCCCAAUCUCUUUCCCGGACGAUUCUGGGAAAAGUAUCCGUAUUUCUUGCCUUGCGCUACUGCUGCAUCAGUUGUUUUCGCGUCAUUCAUGCUCGUUUUUCUCCUGAAAGAGACACUAGCGAGCAAGCACGAUAUACCUAGCGAUACCGUAGACCAUCCAGCCCCGGAAGAACCCAGGAGCAAUGAAUCACCCUCAGAGAGUAUGGCCAACAUACCUUUACGUUCGCUGCUCAUUCCAAGCAUCAUGAUCCCGCUCGCAAAUCAAACUUUGUUCGCUUUUCUCGACAUCUGUAUCUUCGCUCUCAUGCCCUUAUUUUAUUCCACCCCUAACUACCUCGGCGGUCUUGGAUUCGCACCCCCUGCGAUCGGUUUAUGGAUGGGGCUGUUUGGCGUCAUGGACGGUUUAUUCCAGACGCUGUUCUUCGCUAAGAUCGUCGACCGUCUGGGUCCCAAACGCACCUUCUACAUUGGUGUAUCGUGUUUUAUACCCAUCAUGAUCAGUUUUCCAGUCAUGUCAUUGAUCAUAUUCUCCCGAGGCGUUGAUUACAUAGUCACGAUCGCACUGUUGUGCCAGCUCUCUCUGAUAGUUAUGUGGGACAUGUCUCUAGGGAGCAUAUUCAUGUUUGUCACCGCAUCAGCACCUGCUAAAAAUGUUCUCGGCGCGGUCAAUGGCAUGGGGCAAACGACAGUUUCAAUCGGACAUGCAGUCGGACCCAUGUUUGCUGCGUCCAUUUUCGCAUACUCGAAGGAACACAAUAUUUUGGGUGGGCACGCGGUAUUUGUUGUUCUGUGCAUACCCGCGAUUGGAAUGUUGUGGUUGGCGUCUUACCUACCCAAGGAGUUGCAGAAUAGGGAUGAGGAUGCAUGAAGCUCUUUGGCUUGCUCGCUUCGUGCAGUUAUACCGAAGAGGAAUGAACAUGUAUAUACCUAUGCUCUUAUUUCCAUCCAUGAAUGUACAUAAAUGAUCCAAGCCCUUGUCGUUGAUUACUUAUUUUUUCAUCUCAUUCUACAC